CAUUUUAACUGCACUUUAAUGCUAUUUCCUCUCUAGUAUGUUGUUAAACCUAAGUUGUAUUGUGUUGUGUUGUGUUUCUCAUUUUGAAUGAGGUAUUCGUAACGAACAUCUACGAAAAUAGGAAAAGAAAAAAAUGAUCAUAAUGUUUUAAAAUAAUUCUAAUAUUAUUAUAUUAUUUCGUAACAUUCCAUCGUAACAUUCCUUCGAAUUAUUUAACCAUGUCCAGUAUAAAGUUAGCGCGCCAGAAACCACCUGUUACAAGUCGAAAGCAAUCAACCAAAAUAAGAAUAGAAAAUGUAGAACCAGUUCAAGUUUAUUGUCGCAUAAGGCCGAUGUUAAAUUCUACAGAUAUCUCUUGUAUGAAAAUUGCAUCUAGUACAUCUAUCAUUGUUACACCUCCUGAAACAGCAAUAAAUUUUCGCAAUGUUAGUAAAGUAAUACAAACAUCAUUCAGUAAAGUAUUUGGAGACGAUACGACUCAAAAGGAAGUAUUUAAUGCAGUUGCAUUACCGCUUGUGACAAAUCUUAUUAAUGGGGAAAACAGUCUCUUAUUUACAUAUGGUGUAACAGGAAGUGGAAAAACUUACACAAUGAAUGGAGAUGUUCACAAUGCUGGAAUUAUGCCUCGAUGCUUGGAUAUUCUUUUUAAUAGUAUUGCGAAUUAUCAAACCAAAAGAUCUACAUUCCAGCCAGACAGAUUAAAUGGUUUUGAAAUACUAAGCGAGACGGAGAUACAAUUUGACAAACAAAGAGAAUUAAACUUAGACUUUGCUACCUCUCAAAAUGGAAGAUACAGGCAUUGUGUUCAAUCGAUAGAUAAUAAUAACGACAAUAAAUCAAGUUUUAUAUGCGCACUAGACGAAAUAGAUAUGCUGCAGGUUGAUGAGGAUAACGGAUAUGCUGUAUUUGUAACAUAUAUAGAAAUUUAUAAUAAUAGCGUAUAUGAUUUACUCGAAGACGAGGAAGUAAGGUCAAAAAUGUUACAGAGUAAAAUUAUACGCGAAGAUGGUAAUCGAAAUAUGUAUGUCCAUGGUGUUACUGAAAUAGAAGUCAAAACUUCGGAAGAAGCAUGUAAGGUAUUUCAACGAGGACAAAGAAGAAGACGCAUAGCACAUACUGCAUUAAAUGCUGAAUCAAGUAGAUCUCACAGCAUUUUCACUAUAAGGCUUGUGCAGGCACCAUUAGAUUCUCAAGGAGAACAAGUUGUACAAGAUAAACGUGUUAUUUGUGUUAGUCAAUUAUCUCUCGUAGACUUAGCUGGAACAGAGCGUACAAAUCGUUCUAAAAAUACGGGUCAAAGACUGCGAGAAGCAGGCAAUAUAAAUAAUUCGUUAAUGACACUUCGCACGUGCUUAGAAAUUCUUAGAGAAAAUCAAAUUCAAAGUACCAACAAAAUGAUACCUUAUCGUGAUUCUAAACUUACGCAUUUAUUCAAAAAUUAUUUUGACGGCGAAGGACAAAUUAGGAUGAUUGUAUGUGUUAAUCCUAGAGCAGAAGAUUACGAUGAAACAAUACAAGCAAUGAAAUUUGCAGAAAUGACUCAGGAAGUUCAAGUUGCACGAUCUGUAGCCUCCAAAUUAGAUUUAGGCUAUACUCCUGGACGGAGACAAGCGAAUAAGAUAUUUAAAGAAGCACGAAGCAGAUUGGAAAAAGCAGGCAAUGCUGAUGCUGCUAAUAUAGAUGUAGACAUAGGAUUGGUAUACAGUCUCGGUGGUCCUUUUCCAGACAUGGAAAUGACAAGUCCCCAUAGUGAUCAAAUAAUUACCAAUCUAAUGCGUUUUUUGGAAUUACGCAUUCAAAAGAGAAAUUUCUUAAGAGGAGAUUUGCAACAGAAGCAAAACAACUUAAGAAAUAUGCUGAUAAAAAUGGACAGAGAAAAUGUUUCUCUAAAAAUCGAAAAUGCGACAUUGAGAGCGUCGAAUGAACAACAAAAGGAAAAAAUAUCUAUUUUGGAAAAUCUCGUAUGCAAGACUGAAGAACAGAUCGAUACUUUACUGUACAGAUUAAACAGUGCAAAUGAUACUAUCAGAAAUUUACAACAAGAGUUAAAAGAUAAAGGUAUGUCUCUUAAUCAACGAUUGAUAGAUAAACAAAAAGUCAAGCAAAAAUACAAUAAUAAAAUUCAAGCGGAAGCGGCAAAAAUGAGUAAAGAAUUAGAAACAAAACUGCAACAACAAAGAGAGAUUUUGCAAAAUCAAAUGAAAGAAAAAGACGAUAAGUUAAAGUUAGUUAAACAAAUAUUGGUGGACGAUAAUGCGAGUGAUAUUGUAAUGAUUAAUCGUAAAGAACCUAUACCUGUAACAACAACUAACAUACCUGAAACUGCUACAUCGAGUACAAUUAGUAGUAUUGCUAAAUCUACAGUUAAAGAUAGAAUUGAAGAUACUACUCCAAGAACAACAACAGUUCAAGCGUUGGCAAAAAUGUUGGAGUCUAAUGCUGGAGAUGUUAACACAAAAGAGAAACUCCCAGUAGUUAAUCCUCGAUAUAGGCGGUCGCAAAGUGUAGACAGAUGGAUCGAUCAUCGGCCUCCUCCAAUAGUACCAGUUGGAACAAUACUUCAACCUAUAAUGCAUCGUAAACGAAGCGUUACACAUUUAACAGAUCCAAAGGAUAUCACGAACAGAGCGUCUCGAUAUUGUCUUGUAUCUCAAAAUCAAGAUGAAGAUGGGGAACUGGAAACAAAAUUAUACAAGGGUGAUAUAUUACCGACGUGUAGCGGUGGUGCUCAAGUAGUGUUCAACGACAUGGAAUAUUUAAAACAAUUAUCACCAGUUACAAGAAAACGUAGCGUAACUCUAAGUCCACGAAGCAAGGAUCAACUAACUUCUUCGGAUAAUUGUUUAUCUGUUGAGACUGGUUCUAAGAAACUUCGCAUAUGAAAAUGAAUCUCAAUAUACAUCUAAUUUUAGGCUUCUUUGCCACAUUCUUGUCAUUUUUUUAGUAUAAUAAAACACAAAAUGUUUUCUUUCUUUUGUUGUAUAGAAGUACAGAAGUACAAAUGUUAAUGUAUAAUAUUUGAGUAAAAGUCUAUAUAUAUUGUUUUUAUUAUUAUAAGUUAAACAUUAAUAUUUUGUUUCCACAAAUAAGAUGAUUUAUUUGACUUCGUGCAAUAUAUGUUAAUGACAUUAAUAGAUCUGGAUCUGACUUUUAAGACAGACAUAUAUGUGCUUACUACUUUUUUUCAAUAGAAGAAAUUAUUUUUAAAAAUGUCUGCAAUAAUGAAUUUGUUCAUCGUAUUUACCUUCAAUAAACAAAAUACAAAAUGUUACAAGGUAUUAUUCUUUUUUAAUAAUGUGUCUUUAUUCGAGUUUAAUGGAUUUUAGGUAUCCACUUAUUUCCCCAAAGCUUAUACAACAGACAUUGUAAGUGAAUAGUACAAUUAUAAUAACAAAACUUGAGAUAUAUUGCCAUCAACAAAAUACUGAAUAUAUACAUAAUUUUUACACAAUGCCACUUACGAAAAGGUCAAUUUUAACGUAUUAUAUUAAUGCAAUAGUUUUUUCAUUAAUAUAAUUUAAAUACAAAGUACUUUGCAAGUUAUAUGUGAAAUAUAUCAUAGAAAAAAGAGUAUGGAAAAAAUCUUAUAGAGCAGUAAUUUGUAGAAGCAUAUUUGCAGUAAACAUUUUUGUAAAAUGGUGCCAUUAUAAUAAAAGAAGCUAAAAAUUUAAUUAAAUAUAUACAGGCUUUCUGAAGGUUUUUAACAUUUAACAUUUUUAUUUAAUUUUCGUGCAUAGAAUGCGCAGACACUGUUUAAGCUGGAAAAACUUCAGACACC